AUGACGGUGGAGAAGAAUCGAGUUAUGAAAUAUAGACCUAUAUCAGGUCGAUUACACGAACAUUUUGGAUUUAAAUUGUUGGCUGACGGUAAUGAAAGUUAUUUCGGAAUCACCGGCCAUUGGAUUGCUGGUGACUGGAAUUUAAUAAGUGUUAUUCUUGAAUGUGUGCAUGUUGCUGAACGUCACUAUUCUAACAAUGUUGCUGAGUUAUAUAAACAACUUGUAAAAGACUGGGAUAUAACAAAGAAGAUUCAGGCUCUAGUUACAGACAAUGCACGAAAUUUGGUUUCAGCUGUUAAUCAAACUGGUUUUGUUCAUAUUCCGUGUUUGGCUCACAGCCUGCAGUUGAGCAUAUUGCAUGGGUUUAAAGCCGCAGAUACAGAAACAUCCUUUGUUAAAUGUCAAAAAAUCAUAAGAUAUUUUAAACAUAGCUCUAUCCACACAACUGAAUUGCAGAAUUGUAGUGAUUCACUAUUUCGUAAGCUACAGCAAGAUGUUCUAACAAGAUGGAACAGUACUUUUCUAAUGCUAAAGAGAAGCAAUAACCAUCUACAUGUCAGACGAAGAGAAUAUAAAGGUCCAAAAUUGUUCGAUUCUGAUUGGGAAAAGAUUUCAAAAUACAUCAACGUCUUAGACUUAUUCUGUCAGGCUACGGUCCAGCUUGGCAGUGAAAAAUAUGCGUCGUGUAGCUGUGUAUUGCCACUAUUAUUGUCUUUGACAAAGCACAUGAUUGUAAAUGAUGAUGAUCCAGGUUAUAUAACAAGAUUCAAGGUUGCAUCUGUUAAUAACUUCAGCAAAUGUGUAGCUGACAUGAAAAGUAUUGAAAUAUUACAGAUUGCAAAAGCACUUGAUCCACGAUAUAAAAACUUGAAGUGUUUAUCAGAUGAUUCCCAAGAACAAACUUGGUUACUUAUUGGACAGCAAAUAGCAGUUGAUGUUAAUGAUGAUCGGUUGAAGACUAAUGCACAAGAUGAUACUGACAGUGUCAGUAAAACUAUAUGCGAACCGAAUGAAAAGCGUAUUAAGCUGAUGGAGUUUGACUCAGACUUAGAAGAGGAGGUCGAAAACGCUUCAGCGAUAUAA